AAAAGAUGAGGACUUCUGGACCUUUCAGCUCAUCACUCACUCCCUCUCACUCAUCGUACCUGAAGCCUGAAGCACUCAUCUCAUCUCUUGCUUUACAGAGUCUCUGCUGCCGCAACUCCUACCAGUGCCCCUUUGCAUCUCUCCUAGCUUCCCAGCUUCUUACAUCCGCUCGGCCCGUAUUCCGCAAUCUGUACCGGGAAUCCGCCACAACUUUGAAUUCGUCAGGUCAAGCGAGGACACACACAGAUUCCUUUCUGAUCCUGCCUUACACAGUGGUCUCUAAGCUGACUGCUCAGCUUUGUCAUCGUUGCCACUUCGAAUGUCAAAAGCUACGCCCAUUGUCUCCGGCUCGGAAGCUCAGGCACCUCGCGAUGGAGACCCCCUCCAGGCACGGCCAAUAGCAUCGACUUCAGCAGGCACAUCGUCAGAUCAAGCGGGUGCACCUUCCACUACGCUAGCGGCAACAACGUCGCCCAGCUCAAUUUCUCAGCCACAACAGCCUACCUCUGUACCUAUGGCCACCACAAGUAGUGCUGCGACAAUGGCACCCCUUGUCCAGUCACAAAGCACCGUAUCGUCGCUCAAUGGAAGGAUUAGACUCGACAUUCUCCUCGCCACUGGCCAGAGGAAACCUUUUGACUUCAGGCACGAUACAAAAGUGGAAGAGGUCCGCGAGGAAAUCUGGAAGACCUGGCCAGAGGAGUGGCCCAGCCGACCUUCCAGCUCGUCUGCCCUCCGCUUACUACAUCUUGGCCACAUCCUGCCCGAUACGACAAUACUAGGUCCGGCUCCUGCUGAUGCACCUCUGCAAACGACAAAAGAGAGCAAGAAGUCCUCUUCCGUCUCGCCGCAAUAUCGUGGUCUUGUGCCAGGCAGGACGACUGUGGUACAUCUGCUGGUCAAGGGAGGGUGGUUGAGUGAGGAAGAGCGGAUACAGGAAGAGGAGCGGGAGAGGCUCAAGUCACAGCCCGAAGGGAGCAAGCACGGAAGAGGUGUGGGCAAAGCGGCUGGGGCUACCGCUGGUACGGGAGCCGGGGCAGCGGCCGCUGAUGAUGGCCAUCAUGGCGGCAGCAACUGCUGCUGUGUCAUCUGCUGAUCACCGCGAACACAAGCUUCAAGGUCGCCAUCAUAAUCACAGGUGGACCUCGCUCCUACCACAUAAUCUCGCUAUUGUUCUGUACUCUGCCCU